CCGCACUUACUUACACAGCAGACACGAACAAGCCAUGCCGGCUGUCUCCACCAUUUUAAACUGCUUUUAUUUAAUAUUUUUUUUGUAUUUCACACCGUUUCAACAUAAGCCACGGAUAUAUAUAAGCAUAAGGACUUCAUUUCAUUUGCAUCCAUCUUUCUUUCUUUCAUGCCUGUUUGCUCUGCAAUUUAUUUUCAGAGAAAUAAUCAGCCCUGUCAAAUCCUCAUUCUUUAAAGUUUUUUGUUUGAAGAUCUAUCAAAAUGUCUGGAGUGAUGAAGAAACGCAGCCGCGAGGAAGAGAGUCUGGAGAAUUCUCCCAAGCGAUUUCAUGGCAGAACAGAGGAGCAAAAUCUCCAUACUUUGGAGGAUUUUGAGCUUGCAGAGGAUUUCCAAGAAACAGAGGAAAAAUGCUCUGUGAGCGAGGAAGCGGUUAGCGAAGUUUUAAGAGGUUUGGAGGAAGAAAUUGGCGUAAUGUCUUCAUCUACAUCUGACCAAGGGUUAUCAGGCUCAAGCAGGGAAGAUGAUUAUUCUUCCCUGGCCUCUGAUAUGACCAGCGGCUAUGGAGCCUCUGAAGGCAGCAUUGAUUUGUGCUAUCUUGUAGGAGCUUCAGACGAUGAGCUUGGCAUACCGCCUACCCCGCUUUUUAGUUCUGAAGACCAUGGCGGCCAAGCCGGUUUUCCUUCUGAGGAGGAUGAUUCUGGCUUUUCCUCGGAUUUUGUCGAAAAUGGAGAGCUUAAGGGCUUUCUUGAGAAAUGGCAUUUUGAGGACGAUUUUGUGGACUGCGCACAAUUUUCAUUUAUUGAACACGCUGCAGCCUCUGCCUGGGAUGAUGUCGUCAGCCAAGGUCUGUUUGUUGACGAAGAUUAUUCUCAGUCAUGGGGCCUGGAAACUGCCGGUGACUUGUGAAGAAAGGGAAAAAGUUUAGAACUCGCAAGUGUACAUUAUGUAUUUACAAAUAUGUUAAAUGAAGCAAUCAAAUCUUUACCAAAUUUGUUCA